ACAGGGUGACCGCGCUGCGCUGGAGGAGAUAGGCCCCCAUUGUUUCCUAGGCUAUUUCCGUGCUCUGCGCGAAGGCAACACUCUGCAUUUGAUGGACGUACCAAGAAAAGCCUUCCUGUAUGCGGUUCUGAGUCCGUUUUUAGUUCCCGAUGGCGAAACUGGGGUACAUUUCGUUACCCGGUUUCAACUAUGGUUGGACCGUCAAGCACAUGCUCUAGGAGCGUUUUCUCAGAAAACACUGCAUCAAUUGGAGGUGCUGUUGAGACAGUAUCAACCAGACGUCUCGGCAGAUGCUCGCCAGUUUUUGCAGCUACCUCCGACUGAAUUUGUCGUAGCGUCUGGUGAUGUGGUAAGUGGUCGUGGUGACGCAGGUGUUAUUGAAGAUGUUGAGAUUGAUAGUAUGUGCUCUACAGCAGAACUCAGGAAAUGCACGCCUUUGAUAAGAGCAAAAGCGGUGGCGGGGCAAGGCACCAGCAGGGACGUAUUUCUGGGAAGAGGAGUAGAGCUUCAACACACAUCAGGACCCACAUCUUCGACGACAAGUACCAUCUUUCGCCCGUGCAGAGUAUCUGAGUUUUUGCGUCGCCAUUUGCAGCAAAUUUACCUUCUACCGAAUGUUGAUGGGGAUGCUGGCAAAGUUCACAACAACCUGAUCCACAAGCUUUUCCAGCAAAAAGGCGGACCACAACUCUGCCGCCACGUCCUAAGGAAAAUGGAUGCAUUGGCACCAAUAGUCGAAGCAGGAUUCUCGAGUAGUGGUUACGAUAUUGCGCCAAUAGGUCCUCAAGGUCAAGAAGUGGCGGGAAAGCAGGCACAGGAAGUCUGGCAUCAAGAUAGCCACCUGGUCAAUCCCGAAGGCGCCUUGUACUCUACGGUCGACUCCCAACAGACCGGCAGCACUGCUUUGCCAGAUGGCGUCCUCCUAGUUGUGCGUGUAGCUGAGAAGAACCAGAACACAGCUGUUUUGGCAGCAGAUGCAGAAGAAAUCAACGCAGCUUUUGCGGUGAACGGGCGUGUGCGUGCUGCAAUACUAGAGGACUGGACGCGAACAAAGCCAAAACAUAACCAUGCACCAGUACAGCUAGGGGCACUGACGCAGACUUUUGUAAGUCCACAUGAAAUCACGCUGAUGCAUCCGGAGGAUAUGUUAUUGGCUGAACAACAGGUCGAAGCAGACGAAAAAGUACUAGAAGGCGACGAAAAUAAAAAAGAUGUAGUUGAUCAUGUUGCACCAACAAAUGAUGCUGAGUCAACAUCAUCUGUUGAAGGUGGAGGACAAGAGGUAGAACCUGCUCCAGAGCAAGAGUCUAAGCCUCUAGAUGAAGAUCAAUUACAAAAAAUCUACGCUGAACUUCCCGCCUUACUCCGCAAGCCGCGUGUGCGUGAGGGCUAUUUCAGCUUUGUCGACAUUGGUAAAGAAACGACGAAGAAAUUAGCGGGUACAAGAAGGACAACAAGUGCUAAUCCUCUAGAAGCAUCGUCGACAAGUUCAACACCUCCUUCUCCGUCGUCGUCAUCCCCUAUUCCCCAGCAAGACUUUAAGAAUCUAGAUGACCUUGUGUGGCGCAAACAUCAUGGAAGUCUGUCUGCGCGUGCUGUCGCGACGCGGAUGGUCAGAGAGGCAGGGUUUGGGAAGGGCAUUUUUUGCGACUACGCUUGGACAGCAGCGGAACUGCAAGAACGAAUUCAACUCACUGCUGAAGCGGAAAGCCUACAGGAGCAAAAGGUAUCUGGUGUGGGAGAGGAGGUGAACGAAAAAGGACGACUAGAAGAAGGCAAGUUAAAACUCACGACUAGCGGUGGAACUGCUCCAACUACUAAUACUAAUUCGUCCAUGCGAGCUCUCUUUGCAACAGUUGCGACACCUAUAUCAUUGAUGGCAGCACCCGAGGAGAGUUUAGGGGAUUCAGAACCAAGACAGUGGGUUGCCACCACACUAGUGGGGCAAUCAGGUCCUCUAUCUUCGAUAGCAGACUAUGAGACGCCCUUCGAUUAUUCAGUAACAGACGAAAACUGGCACAAGGAGGAUAGCGAAGAUGGAGGAGAUUCUAGGAGCAGCACAACAUCCAGUGCAGAUGGUGAAGAUGGAGGCAAACAAGUAGACAUGGAGCAACAAGACGUAGAACAUCAGCAAGGAGAACAAACCAUUCUUGUUCCCCAGUUAAAGCCAGAUGAUCUUGCUGAGGUCAUUGACUUCCUGCAAUCAGAAGCCCAAGAACCCGGAGAAGUUGCGGACUUGCCACAGCAUUGCUCAUGGCUAGACGUCCAGGAACACACUGAAUACUUCGAGCCUGAACCAGAAACAUUGUUCAAACUUUGGAAAUCGAGGUUUGGGAAUGCUUUUUCGACAGAGGAUCAGCAUGAAAGUAUGCAACAAGAGCAUCGUCGUCCCCGUCUCGUAUACUCGUGUGCGCCACACACGCUAUGCGGUGGUCACGGUGACAGAGCACAAGGGAUAGUGAACGCUUUUUUGUUAGCUCUGUUGCUCGGUCGGGAUUUCUAUCUAGAUUCGGAAAACCCUGUGCCAUGGUCUAUGCUUUUCACGGCCAACGUGAUUGACUGGCGAGUGGAGCACUUAGAUAGCAGCCUCGAUAUGGUCAACGCCCAUGACACGCGGUUUCACCAAGAGAUUCCAUGGUUAGUAGCAAAUCGGGCAGAGACGAUAUUGGUAAGACAUGUUGGACAUUUUGGAUUCACUUACAUGCAGAUCUAAUCAAGUACAAGCACAUCGUUGGAUUGUGAUUCCUUUUAUUUUGUCCAUCAUUGCCUGUAUUUCCCGGGGGCUCUUCUCUCUCGCUUACCAGUUAUUUUGUCGCAAUUUAUUUUCGUCGUGCCUGGUAGAGUAAUUCUAACUUUUUUCUAUGAUCCUAAUAAUCUUCUGAUUCCUCCACAACUGACUUCAGAUAAACACCAAUCUACGAGAAGUAGGGCAGUUUCUCAACCAUCCUCUCUUCCGCGACAAAUCUGUGCGACUUGGUCUAUCCGGAACCCCCUUCCUAGCGCAGAUGAUCUGGCAUUUUCUGUUCCGACCAAGUUUCUUUCUGCAGAACCAAAUCCAGAACGCCAGAGACAAUUUGCACAUAGGCGAGUACGAACAGGACACAUCUUCUUCUGGAUCCACCUAUCAACCAUAUUUAAGGCUACCGCUCGAGCAAGAGCAUCUUCAGCGUCAUCCUUGGUCCUUUUUCUGCUUGAUGAAAAAGAUGAAGCCAAGGAUGCUCUCGGGGAUGGGAGCGCGGUAGUUCUAACGUACUUAGCACUUCAUUUCCGAGCAGGCAACGAAUCUGCGUGGUGGGAUCCGUCGCGACAUGCAUUACAAUCACUAGUAGACGACUUUUUCGCAUGUGCUUGGAAAGUAGAAGCAGAGAUUUUUUCUCCGAGAAUGCUCUUUUCAUCAUCGUCUUCACCUUCUUCAACAUCUAGUACAGAAAGAACGUCGAGUCGAAGUGCCUGGUCAACAUCUUCUACAAUUAGCAAAAGCGACGGUCUCCCUUGGUAUCUUGCCAGCGACACAGACCGUGUCAGACGGUUACCAGAAGUACGCACUCUAAUCCGAAGUGGUAAAUUGAAGAUGUUGGCGAAUACUGAGGUAGAAGGAAGGGAGGAGGAAGAGGAUCGAACAACGUCUCCAGAAGAGACGAACUACGAAAUCAGUCAUUUGGACCGAUCUAAGGCAGCUAAGCGUUUGAAUGGCAUAGUCCCUGCAUUCGUUUCUUGGUAUUUGCUGCAGGAUGCGACAGCCGUAGUGCUGUCGCGAAGUGGCUUCGGGGAGACAGCUGCGGAGUUAGGCAGAUCAGGCCAAAACGCUUACUUCGCAGGUCAUGGAGGAUGUGUGAAAACAGAUAUGACAGCGUCGUGAAUGCUUGUCCUGAUUCCACCUGGUCAUGUUCAUUCUGAUCCUCUCCAGAAUUUGAAUCGUAGAAAGUCAAUUGCUUCGUUAUGCAAAAUGGUAGUUCAAGAUGUCACUUUUGAAAUUCUUUCGUUGCUACUGCUGACCUUAUUUCCUUUGUUGUUUGACGUAAAAAUAUCAAGUAAAAAGCUUUGUACAAAAAUGGAAAUCGAUCGAACGUCGCUGUUCUUGAGGAGUCUGAAUCCAACAUUUGCC